AUGGCUUCUAGUUUACUCAGCUUCAUCAUCCUGCUACUGUUCAUUCUGAGCAAUGCUCAACACUACUUAACCGUGCAUCCUAAGGAUACAGUGGUGUCUAUUGGAACAUCAAUACAAUUGAACUGCUCUAUUAACUGUCAUUCGGGUAUCGUAAUGUGGAAAGGACUUGACAAUGCUGAUAACAGACAUUAUGUUGCCCCUGGGUACAGUGUCAUGACUUUAGAAAAUAUAAGAAUCUCAAUGGAAGGCACUAGAAUCUGUGUGGGAUCUUGUCCAGGCUAUCGAAAAGUUUACCAAAGAUCAGUGGAACUCCGUGUAUAUGCUCUACCCGAAACUUUGCUUCUAAGCAACAGCAUGAAAAAUGGUGUCCAUUAUUUGAACUGUUCGAUGAAGCAUGUGUACCCUCCACCUGAAAUCACCUGCUACAGAGGAACUGAAAGGUUGGGUGAGAGCAUUGACAUCGAGGAGGUCCAAGAGGUGGAUGAACUAUAUAAUGUAAUGUGGAGCUGGGAAAUUCCUGAGACAGAAGAGACCACAUACAGAUGUGAAGCACAACUGAAUGUCAAUGAUCAUGUACUGACAAGAGAGGGAACCUUGAAGCUAUCAAACAAAGAAGAGACCACUACUGCAGUACCUGCUUCUUCCACUCCCCAAAUCAUAUCCACCUCAUCAUGGAAGCUGGAAACACCUUAUGUGACAACCUUUAUUAAUGCUUCUCAAACCAUUCCAGAGGCACAGAAGGACACCAAGAUAGGAAGUCAUCACUCGACCACUCCAGGAAGGUAUACAAAUACAGUCACCAUACAGACUACACAGGCUCCUACCAAAUCCUCUAGCACAGAAAAGACCACCCUUGCAGUCCCUGCUUCUUCCACCUCCCAAAUCCUAUCUACCAUAGCACAGAAGGAGACAUCUUAUGUGACAGCCACUAUUAAUGCUUCUCAAAAUGCUCAAGCCUUACCAAGGGCACAGAAGGACACUACAAUAGGGAGUCAUCAAUUGACUAGUCCAGAAGGGAAUACAAAGGUGCCUAUAAUAAAUACAGUCUUCAUACAGAAUACACGACCUACACAAACUCCUACCAAACCCAUUUACAUAGAUGGGCACUACUUUAUGUGGACAGUGGUCCCAGCUACAUGUCUGGUUGGAAGCUUUCUACUUUCUCUGAUAAUCUACAGACAACUGAACAAGAAAGGAUUCUUCCAACCCAACCAUCUGGAAUUUCCAACAGACAAAAAAAUCACACAAUCCCAAGGAAACUUUCAGACAGAAUUUUGUUACGAUAAUUCAAACAUUAAGGAGAUUUCCGAAGAACCCUCCCUACAUCACACACCUCCUACAACAGUAGGGUUGGAGCUGGCAGUGACAGGGCCUCACACGGCGUCUACGGUUGUCAUGGCGACCAGCGUUGCCAUAACCAAACAUGGCCGCCCAGUCGUUCUGCGGGACUUUGUGCUGUAG